UCUCGUUUCUCGUCAAUUGAGCUGUGGUGCGGGUGUCGGCUGGUUCUCGGUUCUCGCGCCGCAGCAGAGCAAAAGUCGUCGUCAGUCGACCAGUCGAGAGUCGCGAGUCGAGAGGAGCGCGUGCGUUGCAGCGGUCGUGCGUGUCGUUCCCAGCGGAGCAAUGCAAGUGCUCGUGUGGCUCGUCGCGGCCGCGCUGGCCGCCUGUCGGGCGGCCGUCCUCCCGCCACCCCUUCCGCGCCCCCAAGACGUCGACGGACCCCUGACCGUCGCCACCUGCAGGGCCCUCUGCCUCCAAAAGUUCGCCAGCGGCAAGGAGGACACUUGUUUGCAGCAGCCCGACUGUUUCAUGUGCUGGAAGAAGUGCGAGCUGCUGCAGACUAAUUACGGCGGCACCGUCACCGACUGCUCCAAUCCGAGAGACUGCUACGCUGGGUGCCAGGUGGCGUGCAAGUUCUACGAGGAGAAGCAAUUUCUGACGAAAGCGGAGCAUCCCGUAACUCACGCCAGGGAGGCGUUGAAGCUGAGCACCCUUCCGCUUGGGGCGGGGGUGAUCUCCUGGGCGCCGCUUCCCAAACCCAACCUCGUCUACCUCCUGGUCGCCAGGCCCAGCAACAGCAUCAUAUGGAGAGAGAUUUCACAGAGCACUGAGAGUGAGGUGCGGCUGGAAUCGGGACACUUGGCUCUGGAGCCAAACUCCUCCGUCAGUGUGAUGGCGGUUGGGCCUAAGGGUCUGGUCUCCGUCCUGACCCUUGACCCAUCGAAGGUCCCGCACCCAAAAAGUCCGGAUUCGUUGGUGACGAAAGAUCAGUGGCGCCUGCAGGAGGUUUCCAUGCAUUACAAAUACCCGAGGCGGAGCCACGAAGGCCUCCAGGUGAUAACCGAGGUAUCGUGGGAGCCGCAGGCCCCCAACGCCACCUACAUCGUGACCUGGGAGCUGGCCGGAGGGGGCCUCAAGGGCAACCUCUUCACCGGAUCCACCAACGUCUCCCUCUCCCUCUGGACCGACACCAUCUACUACAUCCAGGUGGAGCUAGUGGGCGCCUACGGAAAGCCGUUGGAUGCGUCUGUGGGCAAGGUGCGGAGCGAGAUGUUGAUGCUGGACACUUCGCCGGCGACCCCGGCGAAGCCGGUGGAGUCAUUGCCGCGGGUGGAGCGGAAGAAGCGGCAGCUGACUGAAGAAAUGCUCGCUGGUACGGGCGCUGCCAUGUUGCUGUUCCUGCUUGUGGCCGUGGCGUGGCGCUGUCGUCACCUGCUGGCCAGAGGCCCUCGCAAAAGACGCUUGCUGCUGGCGGAUCACUCGAUCUCUGCCGUGUCAACGACGAGUCCGAUCGUCAGCGUGAUGAGGCCAAAAGACUGCUGUGAAGAGGCGGCCGCGCCCUCCUCCGCGCCGAGCUUCCCCUCGAUCCAAGUGUAAAACUGUCGGGCGAUUUUUCAGACUAAAAAUUUAAAUUAUUAGACAAACCCGUUUCGCAUACGGGCGCUGAAGGUUGUGGCGGGAAAUUCGAAAACGGGCGGGCCGUCACUGAACAGCGCGAGCAAAGGACUGUGUACAUAUUUUAGUUGGUAAAUCAGUCAUUCCGUGUAUAAAAUGAAUCUCUGCCGUAGCAUGUAUUUAACUUUAAAUAUAAUAUAUCUCUGCCUUGGAACUUUUGCCAAAAAUUUAUAUAUUCCGUGUCGUCAGCGCAACUCCUCUCAUUCCAUAAAUCUGUCCGUGCCAAUUUUGCUACCAACGCGCGUAUACAUUAAUGUUGUUAAAACUCUGCGUGUGAAUUCAAAGAAAAGACAGACGUAAAUAAAUUGUCAUAAUUAAUUAAUAACCGAUCGAUUCGCUUUCCAUGUUGCAUUAUUUACUUUCCUGUAAAUAAUACUCAAUCUUUUUCUCUCGAUAAAUUAUUUUUGCAAACUUAAAAGAACGCAAUAAAAUCAAUGUCAAGACUCUGCCGUCAAUCAAUAAAGUCAAUGUCAACAAUAAAA